GGGAGAGAGAGAGAGAGAUCGUCUGAAUGACAAUAAGAGCUGAGAUCAUUCGUUUGGCAGACAAAAGAUUGCUCAGUGGAUGUGAGGAGAGGUGAGCAGGACCAAUACGAGGAACAAAGCCAACCCAAUCUUUACAAAGACGCUGAAGAACGGCAGCUGUGUGUCAAUAUGGCGCCAGGUGUGGUGGCGUUGCUCAGCGUGUGGGUUGGUGUGUGCGCAGCGUUUAACCUCGACACAGCAUUCUCGCUGCUGAAGAAAGGCGGAGACGGGAGUCUGUUUGGACUUUCGGUCGCUCUGCACCAAGACCUGAGGAAGGGUAGUUACCUGCUAUUGGUAGGCGCGCCCAGAGAGAAGGCAGAGACUAAUGUUCCAGCCAAUCGGACAGGAGGAGUGUAUAGCUGCCCGAUCACCGCUGACCAAUCAGAGUGCAGCAGGAUGCAGCUCAUAGACCCAGACGUGAAUCUGUCUGAAGACCUGAUCGAGGACAUGUGGUUGGGCGCCUCAGUAGCCAGCCAGGGCAGACCUGGGGGGCGGGUCCUGGUAUGCGGUCAUCGAUUUGUUAAGCUCUAUGGAGCGUUGAAGCUCAGGCACAUGAUUGGACGCUGUUAUCUCCGUGGAAACGACCUCCAGUACAACGACACAGACAUCCACUGGCAGAACCCAGACCAGCCCUGUAGUCACCUGGGUGAUAUCAGCAGUGAGGUCAUGUGUAACGUGGGAAUCUCCGCCUCCAUCACACAGACUGAGGUCAUAGUCGGCUCACCUGGAAGCUACGAAUGGCAAGGUAACGUCCACAUCUCCUGGAUGAAUCCUCACGUUGUCUUCGACACCCAAAGAAGUUUUUUCCCAAACCUGCAGCACAGAAACAUUUAUACAGGUUAUUCCGUUACUCAGGCUCAUCGUCUUCUCUCUCAGGAUGAUGAAACCAUAGUAACAGGAGCUCCCAAGGACAGUAAAGACGAUGCUCGUGGCUCAGUGCUGCUCGCUGUGAAGCAGUCUGACAAACUGACAACCCAGCAGACUCUGCGCGGUGAACAGACGGGCUCGUACUUCGGUAACGCCGUGGCUACCACCGACCUCAACAACGACGGGUGGAACGAUCUGCUGGUGGGCGCUCCAUUUUACUUCCAGCGUCAGCAGGAGGCGGGCGGGGCAGUGUAUGUUUACAUGAACAGGGGGGGUUGGUUUGAUUCUCGACCCAGCGUGGUGCUGAGAGGACCAAGUGGAUCUGCGUUCGGUAUGGCUGUGGCUGCUGCUGGAGACCUAAACCAAGAUGGCUUCCAGGACUUUGCAAUCGGAGCUCCUUUCCAUGAAACAGGAAGUGUGAUGAUCUGGUUGGGGAGCCAUGUUGGGGCUUCUACACAACCAAGCCAGGUGAUCCUUGGCAGCAGGGUCUCUCCUGUGUUCAGGACGUUUGGGUACUCUUUGUCUGGAGGUGUGGAUGUUGAUGGGAACAAAUAUCCGGACCUGCUGGUUGGCUCCCUGGACGACACUGUCGCUCUGCUCAGAACUCGUCCAGUAAUUCAUCUCAAUAAAACCAUCAAAGUUUCUCCAGAUGUCGUCGAUCCAAAUUCUUGUGACUUUUGUAUCCAGGUGGAGGUGUGUUUCUCCUACAUGUUUAGCACUGGAGACCAGAGUGACAGAGAUAACGUCACCAUCCACUUCGCCAUCCGGGCUGACGUCACCGGCACCAAGUCCCGCCUCCUUUUCCGUGGAAACGGGGAGAGUGUGUACUCCGGUUUCCUGUCGAUGCCGAAUAAACGAUGUGACACUCUGAGAGUCACACUGGUGAGUCCGAUCCGGGACAAAGUGAGACCACUGGUUUUCUCCCUGAACGUCUCUCUGUAUCAAAAGUUUCCAAAGAAGAAGAACGCCGUACAGGACCUGAAGCUCCUCCCUGUACUGAGCGAGUCUCCCCAACCCAUCAGAACCCAGAUUCACAUCCAGAAGUACUGUGGUUCUGAUAACCGUUGCCACAGCAAUCUGCAGAUGACAGCCCAGUUCACAGAUCAGAACCAGAACCCCUUCCCAGUACAGAAGGGCCAUCAGCUGUUGAACUACAACGAUGGCCUUGACAGACUGCUUUUGGAAGUCAAUGUUACUAACAAACCGUCUCUGGGUCGCGAGGCAGAGGACGCUCACAAUGCUGCUCUUAACAUCAGCAUCCCUUCAUCGCUCCUCUAUUCUGGGGUCCGAACAAAGGGUGACCUCCAGGCGGUGAUGGAGUGUUCUGUUGAGGAUUCUGUUCUUCUGUGUGAGCUGGGGAACCCGUUCAAAAGCAACCGGCAGGUUCAGGUGUUGAUCAUAUUUCAGGCAUCUGGAAUCAGUUUAGACACCAGAAAGAUUGAGUCUCUGCUGCAGCUAUCCACGUUCAGUGAGCAGACGGAUCUGUCUCCUGUCUUUCUCUCCAUGCUGGUGGAGUAUUCUCUGCAAACAUCUCUCACACUAAUCAACCCUCCGGGUCCUGCUUCCUUCAGGGGUCAUGUGACCGGUGAGUCGGCCAUGGAGGAGACGCCGGAUGUCGGCAGUUUGCUGCUCUUUACCUUUCAGGUGCAUCUCAGUGGGAAGCCGUUGGGUCGCCUAGGCAACCUGGAGGUAGAGUUUGAUUGGCCAACAGAGGUGACCAAUGGGAAGUGGCUGCUGUACCUCACAGAGAUCAAAGUGAACGACACGUUAGAGAGUCGCUGUACUCCGCCCGGCAACAUUAUCAAUCCCCUCAACCUACUGCUGCCAAAGGAGGAGAGGAGAAGGAGGAGUUUAGAGGAUCAAGUGGAUAAAAACAAGAAGCAGAGAGGAAGAAUUCUACCUCUCUUCCACCAGAUGAAGAUUUCUUACAUUCUGGACUGUUUUCACGGGGCAAAAUGUGUGACCUUCGUUUGUCCUCUGACCAACAUGAAGAACACAGCUACUGUGACCCUCAAAGCUCGACUGUGGAACUCCACCAUGAUGGAGGACUACAGCGACGCACACAGUGUGUUGGUUCGAGGCAGAGCAACUCUGAAGCUGCAGACGAGCAAACCAACCAUCAAUAUGAAGCCUCAAAGCACCGAGAUUGAGGUCCACAUCCAUCCAGACCCGGGGCAGCAGUGGGUUUCCCGAGCCCCGAUGUGGAUCCUGGUGGUCUCGGUCCUUGCGGGGGUCUCACUGAUGGCUUUGAUCUGCUUGCUGCUCUGGAAGUGUGGUUUCUUUGUGCAUCAGAGUGCCUGGGGGACCACAGCGCUCCACCAGGGACGGAUUAUGAGUAAACAUGAGCGCCAGCAGCAGCAGCUUCAGUUUCAAGACUUCCUAAUUCAAGACCAGGUCUCCUCAUCCAGGAAGUCAACCAAAAACUGGGUCACCUCCUGGACUGAGACGAACUGAGACACAGAUUCCAUGGAAACAAUGAACCGGCCCAAACCAGAUAUCAUCCACUGAACAUAACAAACACUGCCGUUUUUCUAUACAUUAACAGAAUCAUCUUGGUAAGAUGAAAUAAAUGAAGACAUACACCAAGCUUUAAUUACAGCUUUAAAAGUUAAAGGACUCAUAACUCGUGAAAUAGGUGGAAUGAUCCUUUAAACAGGAGUCACAUGUGCCACACUGUUAUGAUGAAGCAUCUGAUCCUGUAAAUGUUUUGAUGAUGUCCUCGUGCUUUUGUUGCUUUCAGGUGGCUGAUAGAUCCUGUUAUGUUUUUACUACAUAAAUAUCUCCACGGAACAGUUUUCUGUGUGUUCUCACUGCCUUUUUUAAUUGUGAUAAUUCUACCAGCCCGCAAAAGCAGCAUAUUUUGUGUGUCAUAGGGUUAGUCGUUGUGAUGGACGUAAUGUGUGAUUCUUUUAUGCUGAUAAAAUUAAAGAAUUUUGAGAUUUUCUGUCAACUGGCCAGAUGCAGAAACUUCAAAGA